AUGUCAGACCCAAUUCUUAUUAGAAAAUAUUAUAAGACGAAGGAAGAAAUCAGGCAAAUAGAGUUUGAAAAUGAUAAGCGAAAGAGUCUUAUAAGAUUGGCUGUACUAAAAGUAUUAGCUCUCUCUCAAAAAGCAAAUCACAGAACAAAAUCAAAGCUUGAUAUCGACGAAGCAGAGAGCAUAUUGUACAAAAAAACAGCUGAAUAUGAAUUGAGGAUGAAUAAGCUAAAGCAAAAUUUUGCGUCAAAGGAGUUACUAUAUAAUUCAAAGCACGAAGCAUUAAGACAAGAGAUUAAAAAAUUAAAGCAAGAUAUUAAAAGUCGUCCCAAAUCAUCAAUUGCCUCAUUAUCGAACGCUUUACAACCAGACGUAAGCGUCCCAGGAUUCAAGACUCCUAAUUUCACAACAAAUGCUAUUGGGAUGCACUUAAAGCCCGGAGAUAAAGAAGAAACCAAGAGUUUUGAGUCCCCUGUCAUGAAUUCAUUGAUGAAAACAAUUUUCAGCACUGGCAAGGAUGAUGACAUCCUCACUCCCGUCAGAUCAUCCCGAAAAAUUGUAUAUCCUAUACAUAAGAAAAAAGAGUACACGAAUUACAAUACGAUUCGGAAGAGGGUUGAAAGUUUGCAAUCAGUUCCCUCGAAGGAGAAUAAAGAGAAUACUCCACAUACUCCUGAUAGAAGAGAGGAAAGCAUAGGCACGAACCAAAAACCAAACUCUUCAUUUAUAGCAAAUUUUGAAAACUCUCCUGUUUCUCGCUCUCCAUCGCCAGAAUUUAGCCCGACAAGGACCAGCAAAGACGUUCUUCAGGACAUUGAAAACUCAUUCAAAGAACAAAGAUCUAUAUCUGGAUCUUUUGCGACUGAAAAAGAUUCAUUUGUGAGUGCUAAUUCUUCAUUUCAGACAGAAGUGCUGAAUGAUAAAGCUAAAACGAAGAGAAAGAGAAAAAAGUUACAACUAUGGAAAGCUGAGACUACUCACUUGUCCACAGGAAAACAGAGCGACUCCACUACAAAUAUCGAAGAUGAGGACAUGAAUUCCGCUAAAUAUUAUCUAGAUUCGAAUUUCAAUGAUAAAAACUCUAAAGACCAAUGA